AUGGCACCUGCAGAAGAGAAAACAGCAGAGACGACAACUGAAAGUCCUGCUACUGAUAUCAUCACUGUAUUCGAUGACCCAAUCAACUUUACACACAAGCAUCCGUUACAACACAAAUGGUGUGUGUGGUUUGAUUCUGCUCAAGGAAAGCAAAAUCAAAAAAAUUGGAUGGACAACUUGAAGAACUUGGUGACAUUUGACUCUGUUGAAGACUUUUGGGGCAUUAUGAAUCACAUCAUGAAGGCAUCAGCUCUACCUGCUGGAUCUAACUAUCACGUAUUCAAAGAGGGCAUACAGCCAAUGUGGGAAGACCCACAAAACAAGAAGGGUGGAAAGUGGGUUGUGUCGAUUACUAAGAAGCAUCGAGGUCAAAUGGAUACUUGGUGGCUGAAUACUUUGAUGGGAAUGAUUGGCGAAGCCUUUGAAGACGGUGCAGAAAUCAUGGGAGCAGUCGUCAGUGCCAGGAGGUCCUAUGACCGUAUCUCGUUGUGGACCAAGACAGGAGCAAUCCAGGAUGUCCAAGAACGUAUUGGCAAGCAAUUCAAGCAGAUUAUGGGUGUAGAUAGUGAUAUCACUCUUGGCUAUCAAAUGCACGAUACAGCUCUCAAGACCAACUCCAGUUACGGUAACGAUGACAUCUAUCAAGUUUAA